AGGUCGGCGACAACCCUGAUCGGUCGGGGUCCCCCGCCCAUCAGUGCUCUCCCGCCCGCCAAGGACGCGGGAAGGAGGAAGUCCCCCAGUGGAGUGGCGCGGCGGGGCAUUUUGGGGCGCCCGCGCAAUUUCAGCAUUGUCGUGCUGGAGUGGGGACAAGCAGGCAGAAGCCGGUCCCCAAAGGUGUGGACUUGGACCUUUUCGAGUGGGCAGCCGGGGCCUGGCUGGUCCCAGCCGCGCCCCAGGCUUGCUGCUCACCCCCAGGGCCUCCCUGCAGCCCCUUGGCAUCCUUUCUGCGAGCUGUCACGGAAUUUGGCUCUGAGAGGCAGCUGGUCCUGGCCAGGAUCCCUGGUCCAUCUCAAAUGGAAACAGUUCCUCCUGAGGAAUCAGCUGGGAAUCUCAGUGGAAAUGCCCUGGGGCAGGGCCCCCUGGCGUGUUUAACCAAGGCCAAGCUUACCACUUUGAGGGAAGGGAUGCUUCAAAAGGAGCGGGAUUCCUGGUUACCGACUGAGAUUCUUGCGGAGAGAAUUACAAGAGGAUGGACUCCAACAAGGGAAAAGGGGCAUCCAAGCAAUGGAGUGGCCUGUAAGCAAUAGUGGUCUGGAGGAAGAGGAAAACCGGAGAAGCUGGCGGUCUGCGGUGGCUGAGCUGCCCCCAGACCCUGGAACAAGGCUCUUCUGCACCACCAAGGUAGCCCUCGGACCUACCCACUCAGGCUGCUGCACCGCCUGAGCGCCCGAGCCCCGGACCCGGCGGCCAGGGGCGCCAGCCCCUCAUGUUCCGGAGAACGCGCAAAUGUGAGCUGGCGCUAGUGGGGGAAGCCCUCCGCCCCCGCCAGGGGGACCCGGGAAACCCGAGCGGGCUCCUCCCCGGACGCCGGGGAUCCCCUCCUCCGGCCCCGCCCCCUCCUCCCCCUGCCCGGGCGUCGCGAGGUUAACCCUACCCGCGCCGCAACGCUCUCCUCUAAGAGCAACAGCGCUGCCAGUCCCAAUUCUGGGAGCUAGGCAGCAGGGACAGAUCCCUGCAAGGGGUCGGAUAUGAUCCCUCAGAGGCCAAGCCGGGUAUCCGGCGCUGGCUUGCUUCCAACGCUGAUACAUUCGCAUAGGCAGUCGCCAAACUUCUUUUCUCCCUACCCAAAGCCUUGCCCCCGCAGUUCCUUGGCCAGCAGCCUGCAGCCCACUCUCUCGGCAGGAUGAUCCGGGGAGAGGCAGUGGGGCGAGCAGGUGCUGUCUUGCGGCCCUACAAGGCGAGAGGGCGGGAGAGUGGCUCGGGUUUCGCACCAUCCUGGCGCCUGCCCCAUGACCAGAGCUGCAGUGCCCCAGGCAGGUCAUUCGGGCUAGCGUGUCCCGCACCAGUCAGGGAGCCGUGACAGUAGGGCGAGAGGCACCGCUCUCGCUCCCACCUCAGCAGCCCGCCGCUAAGCACAAUCUUCCCAACCAUGGUCCCAGACGCGCACGAUCCGCAGGUGGAAUCCCUGCCCUCGAGUGUCCUCACCCCGGCCAGAGUGGGCCUGCGCCCCCCGGGAUAUUCAUUCUGCAGGUUCCCCUCCCAACCUCUCUCACACACAUGCUCCCCUAAGCCGCGCGCGCCGCAAACUCAGUCUCGGUCCCCGCAGGUGAUGUCAUGCCCAUUGUUUUGGUGCGCCCAACCAAUCGGACUCGCCGCCUGGAUUCUACCGGAGCCGGCAUGGGCCCUUCCUCGCACCAGCAGCAGGAGUCCCCGCUCCCGACCAUAACGCAUUGCGCAGGGUGCACCACCGCCUGGUCUCCCUGCAGCUUUAACAGCCCUGACAUGGAAACCCCAUUGCAGUUCCAGCGCGGCUUCUUCCCAGAGCAGCCGCCGCCACCGCCGCGCUCCUCACACCUGCAUUGCCAGCAGCAGCAACAGAGCCAGGACAAGCCGUGCGCGCCCUUCGCGCCCCUCCCGCACCCUCACCACCACCCGCACCUCGCACACCAGCAGCCGGGCAGCGGUGGCAGCAGCCCAUGCCUCCGGUGCAACAGCUGCGCCUCCUCCGGUGCCCCAGCGGCGGGGGCGGGGGCGGGGGAUAACCUGUCCCUGCUGCUCCGCACCUCCUCGCCCGGCGGCGCCUUCCGGACCCGCACCUCCUCGCCGCUGUCGGGCUCUUCGUGCUGCUGCUGCUGCUCGUCGCGCCGGGGCAGCCAGCUCAAUGUGAGCGAGCUGACGCCGUCCAGCCAUGCCAGUGCGCUCCGGCAGCAGUACGCGCAGCAGUCCGCGUCCGCCUCCCAGUACCACCAGUGCCACAGCCUGCAGCCCGCCGCCAGCCCCACAGGCAGCCUGGGCAGCCUGGGCUCCGGGCCCCCGCUCUCGCACCACCACCACCACCCGCACCCGGCGCACCACCAGCAUCACCAAGCCCAGGCGCGCCGCGAGAGCAACCCCUUCACCGAAAUAGCCAUGAGCAGCUGCAGGUACAACGGGGGCGUCAUGCGUCCGCUCAGCAACUUGAGCUCGUCCCGCCGGAACCUGCACGAGAUGGACUCCGAGGCUCAGCCCCUGCAGCCCCCCGCGUCCGUCGUAGGUGGAGGUGGUGGCGCGUCCUCCCCGUCUGCUGCCGCCGCCGCCUCUUCCUCAGCCCCGGAGAUCGUGGUGUCUAAGCCGGAGCACAACAAUUCCAACAACCUGGCGCUCUACGGAACCGGCGGCGGAGGCAGCACCGGAGGCGGCGGCGGCGGCGGCGGAGGCAGCGGGCAUGGCAGCAGCAGCGGCACCAAGUCCAGCAAAAAGAAGAACCAGAACAUCGGCUACAAGCUGGGCCACCGGCGCGCCCUGUUUGAGAAGCGCAAGCGGCUCAGCGACUAUGCGCUCAUCUUCGGCAUGUUCGGCAUCGUGGUCAUGGUCAUCGAGACCGAGCUGUCGUGGGGCGCCUACGACAAGGCGUCGCUGUAUUCCUUAGCUCUGAAAUGCCUUAUCAGUCUCUCCACGAUCAUCCUGCUCGGUCUGAUCAUCGUGUACCACGCCAGGGAAAUACAGUUAUUCAUGGUGGACAAUGGAGCAGAUGACUGGAGAAUAGCCAUGACUUAUGAGCGUAUUUUCUUCAUCUGCUUGGAAAUACUGGUGUGUGCUAUUCAUCCCAUACCUGGGAAUUAUACGUUCACAUGGACGGCCCGGCUUGCCUUCUCCUAUGCCCCCUCCACAACCACCGCUGAUGUGGAUAUUAUUUUAUCUAUACCAAUGUUCUUAAGACUCUAUCUGAUUGCCAGAGUCAUGCUUUUACACAGCAAACUUUUCACCGAUGCCUCCUCUAGAAGCAUUGGGGCACUUAAUAAGAUAAACUUCAAUACGCGUUUUGUUAUGAAGACUUUAAUGACUAUCUGCCCAGGAACUGUGCUCUUGGUUUUUAGUAUCUCAUUAUGGAUAAUUGCCGCAUGGACUGUCCGAGCUUGUGAAAGGUACCAUGAUCAACAGGAUGUUACUAGCAACUUCCUUGGAGCAAUGUGGUUGAUAUCAAUAACUUUUCUCUCCAUUGGUUACGGUGACAUGGUACCUAACACAUACUGUGGGAAAGGAGUCUGCUUGCUUACUGGAAUCAUGGGUGCAGGUUGCACAGCCCUGGUGGUAGCCGUAGUGGCAAGAAAGCUAGAACUUACCAAAGCAGAAAAGCAUGUGCACAAUUUCAUGAUGGAUACUCAGCUGACCAAAAGAGUGAAAAACGCAGCCGCCAAUGUACUCAGGGAAACGUGGUUAAUCUACAAAAACACAAAGCUAGUGAAAAAGAUCGACCACGCAAAAGUAAGAAAGCAUCAGCGGAAAUUCUUGCAAGCUAUUCAUCAAGCUCGGAAAUUAAGAAGUGUGAAGAUGGAACAGAGGAAACUAAAUGAUCAAGCAAAUACCCUGGUGGAUCUGGCAAAGACCCAGAAUAUCAUGUAUGACAUGAUUUCCGACUUAAAUGAAAGGAGUGAAGACUUUGAGAAAAGGAUCGUCACCCUGGAGACGAAAUUAGAGACUUUGAUUGGUAGCAUUCAUGCCCUCCCGGGGCUCAUCAGCCAGACCAUCCGACAGCAGCAGAGGGACUUCAUUGAGGCUCAGAUGGAGAACUAUGACAAGCAUGUCACCUACAAUGCUGAGCGCUCCCGGUCCUCGUCCAGGAGGAGGAGGUCCUCCUCCACAGCGCCACCAACUUCAUCAGAGAGUAGCUAGAAGAGAAUAAGUUAACCACAAAAUAAGACUUUUUGCCAUCAUAUGGUCAAUAUUUUAGCUUUUAUUGUAAAGCCCCUAUGGUUCUAAUCAGCGUUAUCCGGGUUCUGAUGUCAGAAUCUUGGGAACCUGAACACUAAGUUUUAGGCCAAAAUAUGAGUGAAAACUCUUUUUUUUUUUCUUUCAGAUGCACAGGGAAUGCACCAAUUAUUGCUAUAUAGAUUGUUCCUCCUGUAAUUUCACUAACUUUUUAUUCAUGCACUUCAAACAAACUUUACUACUACAUUAUAUGAUAUAUAAUAAAAAAGUUAAUUUCUGCACAUA